AUGGCAAAGUAUACCAACACAGUCCUGCAACUGGGAACUUGGGUCGGAGCAGAGAUCGGUACAGCUGCCGACACAACAUCGACUACCGUUCUCAACACCGUUGCUCGGCUCAACCCUUUCGUUCAGGCUAUGACCAACGCUAUCACUCGGCAUGGCAUGGACUCAUACAGCCGUAUCGAAGACCUUGCCAACGAGUCGCUCCAAGCUUGGCAGGCACUUGAUGCAAACAUCUAG